AUGUACAUUCCAGAGUAUCAUGGUUUCUUCACAGGAAGCAUCGACCAAUCGGAACAGUGCAUCAGCGUAAGAACAAGCCCUUUUGGUUACAAUACUGAGUCGAUGACCUCUAUUGACGUUGAGCGACAACAUACGCAUCAAAUAGGUGAUGCUUUCCGAAAAGUUCAUGAUUUGGUUAACAUCCCAUUAUCCGAGGAUGUUCCCACUAUCCAGGCCGCGAAUUUUUCAGUCCUCUAUCAGGUGCGCACUGUCCGUGUUUACGAUUAUUUGACGAACCAGGCCAAUGCCGACACAAACUUUGGUGAUAUAUUUGCGUUUAAAUCUGCAUUUGCGGGUUCCUCUGAAGAUGCACUAGUUUAUGCAGAGCUUCAAGACCUAUAUAACCAGGGUCAGGAAUACGCAAUAAUGCUUUAUAGUUGGCGAUCCAUUUCGCGUGCCUUGCCACAUAUUCGGUCAAACGAACAACCGCAUCGUCUGGAAAUUUACCAAAAGACACUGGAGAUCUUAGAGCCACAUGCCAGGAAGUUGAGAUCCUUCAUGCUGUUUCAGGAGAGCGCAAUCGAUUGCUUCGUGGGCAAAUUAAAAGGGCUUUCGCGGAAGGAAUCUCAUCAUAAGUCAGGCUUUAUGAACCAAAUGUACAUGCUCAUGCUUGGAAAAAUGCUGAAAAUGUUCGCGUUACUUGAUGAAAUGAAAAACAUGAAAGCUAGUAUGAAGAAUGACUUUUCACACUAUAAACGAGCUUCACAAUUUAUGCAAAGUGGAGGUAACGAUAGUACUACUGAUGGUCAGAUGACGGUUAACGAAAUGCAAAAAGUCAGCAUGUUUCUUGCUACGCAAAAAAUUAUCCGUGAUAAAUUGAAAGACAGUCUCUCCCAGAUUGACGGUUUUGAGGACAUUCUCGCUGAGAUCAUUAAUAGCAGUGUUAACAUGUACGAAAACCGUGUCUAUGUCUUACCGGAGGAAAAACAUACUCUCGUCAUGGUUAUAGCUUUUUCGCUUUACUUGCUUGAUUCAUCAAAAGUUGUUGAAGGGAAACAGAUUGGCGUUACAAUCCCCAAAAUGUUAAAGAAAAUUAACAUAAACAAAAUUGACAGAAUAUUCAAGGAAUGCGAGGUUGUUAAUCUCUUCGGUGAUAUGAGUGUCGAACCUUUCAAUUACGUGAAACAAACGUUGUCAUAUGAUCCUUCGAAGUGGCCAGAAUGCGCCGGUGUCCGUGUGUCUAGUCAAGGCGUUUUGCUAACUCACAUGUCUCGCUUCAUGUGGGUCUCAUUUUAG